UCGACUGACGCAGAGUGGGCGGCCUGGCGGCGGAUGGCACUGAGCGCGAGAGGCGGUAUGGGCCGGUCGACGUGGCACGGUGCAGGAGGUGGCACAGGGCAACACGGGUGGUCAAACGACGGCGGCAGUGCGACGCGGUGACGGGAGCAGGCGAGGGCAGUGGUGAGUAAAGGGCGGUUAGGGCUAGAGUUUUUUGGGCGGGACUCUAGCCCAAGUCCUAUUUAAGCAGUGACCGGCGGCGGCCGACAAUCCGCAAGCUAGCGGUUUUGGAGGUGAUGGAGACGAAAGGAGAAACUAAUGAGACGGGAGAUGGCAUCGACAAGAUACAGGGGUUCACAAUGUCGAUGAGCUUCUUGAUUGCCCUGUCUGCUAUGAGCCCCUCAGGCCUCCGAUUCUCCAGGAUUUCCAUGCUGGACGCCGUGAGAAGCUCGUCGCUGUCUGAUGGGCUGCCAAAGGACUUCUUCUGCGUCGUGCCCAAAGCUGCUGAUAGAGGGGACGGUGUCGUGCUCACGACCACCAUCCAUACUGAGUCGGUGGACGUUGAUGAAGACAAGCUGGAGGUUGAGGAUGACGAGGACGAGGAUGAGGACGAAUAUGUUUGAUACGAUCAAUAUAUUCGAUGAAUGCGCAAGAUUAAUUUAGUUAGGUCGGGUUCUCCGUAUGGACGUCGAUCAGUACUUGUAUUUAUAUCCAGAGUUUUUAUUCAUGAUUUCCAAAUUAAAAUCUGAUACUAGUUUUUUAUAGAA